UCUCUGUUCCCAUCUUUGUGCUUUAUCUCUUCAUCCCUUAUCUCCUUCAUCCCCUCCAAUCCUCAUCUGUUCUUCACAGUGGAGGAAGGGCAGGAGAAAGAGAGAGUUUUUUGCAGGUGUAGCCAGAUCGGCAGUCUGCAUUGGGUAGAUCAUCAGAGGAGCCGGCGAACCUGGGACUGUGGAAUCUAAACUCAUAGGGACCACAGAGCCGGACUGCCCGGUUAUAAGAGACAAGGUCCUAACUGUGAGAGGAAAAGAGUGAUUGUGUCAUCUUCCAUCAGUAACAUCCUCCAGCAACUGUCAUCAUGGCAGCUGAGAAAGCUGAAAUGGAUGCACUGAAAAAGGAGUGUGAUGGCCUCCGUGCUCAGAUUGAGGCGGCGCGUAAGGCCGUUAACGACACCACCAUGACAGCAGCAGCCAAUGGCGUGGCCCCUGUGGGCCGGGUCCAGCUGAAGCUCCGAAAGACACUCAAAGGCCACCUGGCGAAGAUCUAUGCCAUGCACUGGUCAGCAGAUUCAAGGCAAAUGGUCAGUGCAUCACAGGAUGGCAAGCUUCUAGUCUGGGACACGUUCACUGGAAACAAGUUGAUUGCUGUCCCCCUGAAGUCUGCUUGGGUGAUGAGUGUUGCCUUCGCUCCUUCUGGUAACCUGGUAGCCAGCGGUGGUCUGGAUAACAUCUGCACAGUCUAUAACAUUAAGGCUGCCAGCCCCAAGACCCUCAGGGAGCUGGAUGCACACACAGGUUACUUGUCUUGCUGCCGUUUCCUUAGUGAUUCUGAGAUCCUGACAGCUUCUGGUGACACCACCUGCUGCCUGUGGGACCUGGAGACGGGCAAGCAGAAAACAGUCUACACCAACCACAUCGGAGACUGCAUGUCGCUGGCCCUGUCUCCAGACUUGAACAUGUUCAUCUCAGGAGCCUGCGACUCUCUGGCCAAGCUGUGGGACGUGAGGGAAGGAUCCUGCAAGCAGACCUUCUCUGGACACACCAGUGACAUCAACGCCAUUGCUUUCUUCCCCAGUGGAAAUGCCAUCAUCACAGGCUCUGAUGAUUGCUCCUGCAAGAUGUAUGACCUGCGCGCCGACCAGGAGGUGUUGGAUUACACGGACACCACCCUGAACGCCGGAGUCACAUCCCUGGCCCUCUCCAACUCCGGCCGCCUUAUCUUUGCAGGCUAUGACGACUUCAACUGCCACAUCUGGGACUCACUGAAGGGCGAGAAAGUCGGUGUGCUUUCUGGCCAUGACAACAGGGUGAGCUGCACCGGCGUCCCAGCUGAUGGAAUGGGUGUCUGCACAGGAUCCUGGGACAGCUUCCUCAAACUGUGGAACUGAGGCAUUUCAGUGGGAGGAAAACAUCUCAGGAAGAAAAGAGGAGGAGCAGAAAUGAGGAGGAAGGAAAUGAAGAAAAGAGGAGACAUUAUGUAAAAAAAAACAUGCAGGAUGCAUGAAUAAAAAAAGGCCUCCUCUCCCUAUCUUCCUCUCUUCUUCCUUAAUAAUGUAUGCAAAACGUGAGUGGUUGCAAAUGAGCCUCAUUGUGUAAAUGGCACCAGGGAAACAAUGCGCGAUGCAUCCUGCUAAAUGUGCAGAAGAACUUCAGUGUUGUCAUUUUAAAUAACAAAACACGUUUUUAAAAAUAGCACAAUUAAUCUAAAUGUUCCCAGAGCAGGAAGAAAAAGCUCUGGAUCAGAAACACAUAGAGGUUUUUGUCAAUAAAAGGAGAUGAAAGGCAUAAGCACUGAAGACAAACUUAUAGAAUAACAUUUUUCUUUUCUCAAGAUCAUUAAUCUGUAAAAGAGCCCUGAACGUCCAUAGAUCAGGUAUAAAUUAAUGUAUGCCUGAUAGUACAACAGUUAGGCUGAAGUUGAUGUACAAUGUUUUAUUUUUCUUUACUUUUUUUUGUCAGACUAUACACACACCAAAAAGUGUAAAUAUAUUGCAAAAAGUCAUCAUUGCUCACCUCCUAAGAACAGUUUAACACAGGCUGGAGUUACACAAAGUGUUUGUGAAGAACCCUCAAAAAAGAAAGUUUCAGUCUGGAAGCAGGCUGGUAGACUGGGCUGCAGGGCGGCUGUCUAAUCAGAAAAACAUUCUGUAAAAACAUAUGAACUUAAUUUCAUCCCCUUCAGCCCAGCUGCAUUCUGCAGUUAUUGUAAAAGUGUCCAACUCUAAUGUACAAAAAGGCAAAAAUGUUUCCUGAAAAUCUUUCUAAUAAAUAGUUCUGCAUCAACGUUA